AGGACAAUGCAUUGUGGGAUCGGAAGGCUCUGAAGUAGUGAGCGCUGAGUGAAUGUAGUAAAUAUUGGGUUUGUUUAGAGAGCGGUUUCUGUUUGACACAUUUUAUCAGAUCUAAAAUUUUGUUGUCGAUAUCAGGAGCCACUAAGAUGAAUGGGUCGAUGGCGAAGAAGACCCAGGAGACCCUAGGGAAAGUGAUUAAGAAACCACCGCUUACAGAAAAACUGCUGAGCAAACCGCCGUUUCGAUUUCUGCACGACAUCUUCACAGAGGUAAUAAGGACCACAGGUUUUAUGAAGGGGCUCUAUUCAGAACUGGAAAUGAAGUCUGAAAAUGUUAAGGAUAAAGAAGCCAAGAUUGCAUUCCUCCAGAAAGCAAUAGAUGUCGUAAUAAUGGUGACAAGCGAGCCCCUAUCAGUGAAGCCAGGUCGUGUUGUGUCAGGACAUGAGCCAGAGAAAACAAAUGAGCUUCUGCAGGCCAUGGGAAAGUGCUGCCUCAAUAAGCUUUCCAGCGAAGACGCUGUGCAGAGGGUCCUUGCUGGUGAGAAGCUGGACCUAAAAGGAAAGCAUCCCUCCACCUCGAAAUCUCAGGACAAGGAGAACCGGGAGAGCAAGGAGGAAGACAAGAAAAGGCACAAAGACAAAGAGGAGAUCAGAGACACUGAAAUCAAAGACCGAAGCACAAGCAGAGAUCGAAAGGUUGAACAGCCAAAAGAGACUGAGGCCAAAAAGACUGAGAAGGACAGACACAAGGACGAUGAAAAGCAAGAGAAAGGAAGAGAAAGCGAAAGGGUGAAAGAGCGGGAUCGGGAGAAAGAGAAGAGCCGGGACAGAGACAAAGAGAAGGGCAAAGAAAAGGAGAAAGACCGGGAGAAGGGAAAAGAGAGGGAUAGGGACAGGGAAAAAAGGAGGGAGCGCCCAAAGGAGCUUGCGGAAAAAGCCAAAGAACCAGAAGAGAAAGCAGAAAGGAAGUCUAAAGGCACUGAGGAGACACGACACCGAAAAGCAUCUCAGCUAACAAGGAAAAACAGCAAAACUGAAAAUGAUAAAGAGCCUGCAGAGGUUCCUGAAGCAGAGCAUGAGAGUCCUGCAAGAAUACCUCGGCCUUCCUCUGCAAAAGGACAAAGAAGACGCCCCAAACCUGGAGGGCAAGGAUCUCAAAGCUCCAAGACAGAUAUAGCAACAUUUUCAGGGAGCGUUGAGAUAGCACAGCGUUUAGAUGAAUCUGACAGUGAUGGAGAGGCAGAAAUCCUUUCUUCAGACAAGUCCAUGCCAUUGGAGAAUGGUGAGGCUGUUGAUGCCAUGCCCACUCACAGGAAAAUACCAAGGCCAAGUAGUGCAAGGCCAGCACCACCAAGAGUCAAACGUCAAGAUAGUGCUGAUGUGCCAAGUGUAGAAAGGAUCGGUAGUGGAAAGCCUUUGACUGCUGUGAUCGUGGAUGGGAAAAAGGACUCUGACGACGAAGAUAAUGAUGAGCUUUUUGUUGUGGAGGAAGCAGCUCCACUUCUUCCAGACCUGCCUAAAAUGGAAAUGGAGCCGGCAGUGGAGUUGAAAGAGGAUGAGAAACAUGGUGGGCUGGUGAAGAAAAUUUUAGAAACAAAAAAAGAUUAUGAGGCUUCACAACCUUCGUCGAAGUCAAAAGAACAGGAUACAACAAUUGUAUCAGAGGCAACAAAAAGAAAAGAGCGUGACUUAGUCUCCAGGGAGAUUGAAAAACUGAGGUCCUCAAUUCAGACAGUGUGUCGUAGUGCCCUACCGCUGGGGAAGAUCAUGGACUACAUUCAGGAGGACAUGGACUCUAUGAAGAAGGAGCUGCAGAUGUGGCGCAGUGAGAACACAGAGCAUGCAGCAGCACUGAUCAAGGAGCAGCGAAUAACAGACAGUGCUGUGGAGCCCCUCAAAGCUGUGCUGGUGGAGCUGGAGCAGCUAAUCAAGGACCAGCAGGACAAAAUCUGUGCUGCAAAGGCCAACAUCUUAAGGAACGAAGAGAAGAUUGAGAAAAUGGUCUCCAGUAUCAACUUCUCUUCCAGGACGUGAGAGCCCAAGGCAGAAAAGACUCAUCAGAUAUUAAUAAAAUGAUAAUAAAUAUAUUAAAAGGCACUAAAAACAAGGAAAGGCUAUUUUUAUAAAGUGUAUUGUAUUUUUAUAAUCCUGUGAUCAAUUGAUUUUUUUUCUUCAGCAGUUGUGGGCUUUCCCACCCAAUUAUAAGUAUAACCUCUCAUUAUUAACAUACUCACAUGUUCCUGGCACAUCACAUCACUAUUCACUAUCCAUAUGAAUUUUCAUUUGGUAUUGUCAUAGAGUGCAUCUUGCAUGUGUAGCACAUCUAUCCCCUAUACCAACAUCAGUUGGUUUGUCACUGAAAAGUCAUUUUAGAAAAUCAUCUUGCUUAUUUAUUUGAUAGCAAAGUCUCUGAUGAUUUUACCAUUUGUAAAAUAUGGAUUAUUUUAUUUAAAAAAAGGAAAUGUCAGAGGUCAUGUAGAAAACCAUAUACCAUUCCAAUUCAAAAUUGAUUUUGUCUUUGCAGUAAAUCAGCACAGAAUAUAUCAUUCUUGCUAACCUUCCUAAACACAUUUAGCAACCAUGAAAAUGUAUUGGCCUUUUUAAUAUGUAGCAUGGAACUGUGCAUUAACACACAAACAGAGGCUACAUGCAGUAUUUUCUGUGCUGGCAGUGUGGUAGAACAAUUACUGAUAAACAAAUGAUGCCUAUUCCCAACGUCUUUUUAAAAUUCUUCUGUACACUUUCAAAUAUAUUUCUGAACUGUUGUUUACAAGUCUGGUUUUGAAAUUAUGAAGUGAAAUAUGAACUCUAUUCCUUAUAAGAUUUCAUUCUUUUUAUUUUUUAAGGUUUCGUAGUUCUGAACAAAUUAGGAGGAAAUGAAAGAAACCAGUUUUGUUUUCAAAAGUACAUUUUAUAUAUUUAAUAUUUCACACUACAAAGUGUACUAAAAAACUACACUUUUUGAGAUAAAAUGGUCUUAUAUUGUCAUACUGUAGAUACCCACAUUUCCUAAUUUGUAAUAAUAUCAACAUGUAUUUAAAAGUUAUUCUUGGUCACCGCUGUACAUAUAAAUGAGUCUUUCAUCUUGUUGAAGUCCUGGCCUUGAUGCAGUCUCAAUAUCUCAAAGACAAUAUAUUGACAGGUCAUGCAAAUAAAAUGUUAUGGUGCAGAGCAGGUGACAUUCUGGCUACCAUAUGUUAGUAUAAAAAGACUACUGCUACUGCAGUAGUAAAAUGAAUAUUUUGCUGCAGGAUAAGGGGAAGAUGUAUUACUUACAGCAAUUGUGCAUGACAGACUAAAUUAAGUCUACUGUAUAUUGAUGGAUUGAUCGCAAACACAGUAGACCACACACAGUACUCCACCAAAAAAGAAGGCUGAUUUGGUUAUUUGUUGUGGAACUAAACAAUACAUUUAAACAAAUUCCCGAAAUGUCUUUGACAAGUUAUAAGAAGUGAUCAUUCACACAUCCAUAUCUUUAAUGCGUACAGUCUGUGGAUAUGAGUCCCAACGUGUGAGAAUUGGAGUUUUGAUUGUCCAGCACAGUAGUUUUGAUACCUCUGCAGUCACCACCACAGGAUUUCUUUUCUACACUUGGCCCAGUCCCAGUUGACAACCUUGUUGAUAGGAUUUUUUGGUUUGUAUAAAUGACUAGGAAAAAAAAUAUAUAUAUAUACACACACACACACACACACACACACACACAAUGGUAUAUGUAUUUGUUUAAGUCUGUAAUGUAUGCAUAAUCAGCAUUUCAAAUUCCAAUUUUGUAGCACGGAGAGUGCGAUACACAGAUCUUUUCAAUCAAUACUAUAGUUUUUGGGUUUUUUUUUAUCAGUAUUAAUAGAGUGAUUGCAGGUUAAUGAAAUGCAGCUUUUAUUUGGAAAUGAAACAUUUCCCUCAGUUAAGGCAGUUUACAAAUAAAAACCAUUUGCUUGAAAAAGGGCCAUUUCCUAAACAGAUUACAAAUACU